AUGGGCCGUCAAGCAGGAGCCAGCGCUGCAGAGAAGUCGCCUGCUGUAGCGGCUGGAGAAGCGGGGAUUGCAGACUCAAAACGAGCGGCCAAAAGGGGAGCUGGUGUAACUGCUAGCAGGAAGGAGGAAGAGGCAACCACAGUCUCGAGGGGCCUAACCUUGUGCCACAGGGACUCGAAGAGGCCCCGGCUUCAACAGCAGCAACAGCAGCUGCAGCAGCGAAAAAAUCACAAGCGCCAAGAGCUCCAUGUAGAAGAAAAGGAUCUGCUGGAACCCGAAGGAGAUAUUACUGCUGACUCUGAAGCGGGAAAAGCCGACCUUUCGGCAACGGCACCAGCGGCAUCCGCUGAAGCAUCAGCACCGCAAAAAGAUGCUGUGGCAGUAGCCAUUGAUGCAGCAGUAGCAGCAGACCCGUAUCUACUGGAGGAUGCAGAUUACUUGCGAUCAGAACGGCGCUGGUUAAAUCGCCAAAGGGUCCUGCUUCUAGGCAGCCGCGACGAAGUGGGAGAAGAAGGAGAAGCUCCAGAAUAUUGCCGAACUCUGCCAACUGCGGUCGUCUGCGCUUGCUGUUCAGUGGAGACUCUUAGCGAGUUGCGCCUCUCUGGGAAUUGCUUGCUGCAUUCAAGACCGUUGCUGGUCUUCGCCGCUGAAUUCGACAGAGAGCCACAGUUCAGGGUUCUUAAGGAGUUGUUCACGCAGGUUUUCGGUACACCGAGGAACCAUCCUAAAUCCAAGCCUUUCUUUGACCACGUGAUGUGCUUCUUCGUCGCUGACUGCCGCAUUUGGUUUAGGCACUACCAGGUUGCCCCUCUCGUGGUUGGGGAAGGCGGCGAUGCAAACAAUCCUCACAGACAAACUUACAUCGAGAUUGGGCCUCGUUUUGUACUGGACCCCGUGAAGAUUUUGGAAGGCAGCUUUUGCGGCAAAACUCUUUGGCGUAACGCCGUGUUCGUGAGAACUAGAGACUUAUUGAGGCCGCGGAGACUUCAGGCAGCGUUGGACUUCGCAAGGCGCCAGGAACAGAAGGAAAGGAGAAAGACGUACCUCGAUGCAGUUAUGCAGAACGAGCCAAGAAGCAAGUUGGCAAGGGAGAGCAUUUUCGGUGUAGACAACGAUCAUAAGAAGCUAAACUCUAACAAAUCAAAGUCUAAAUCAUGA